AUAGCAUAUAGCAUCUUUGAACCCACCCAUAAUAUUAAUCCAAAAUCAAUGGACAUUUUGGUUUGGGUUAUUGUAGUGUUGUUUACAUACGUACUUAUUCGGUCUACUUUCUCAAUUUUAGGUUUUAGCAAACCCAAGAACCUACCUCCCGGUCCAACCUCGCUGCCGAUCAUAGGAAAUCUUCACUUGCUAGGCAACCAACCACACCGGUCCCUAGCCAAGCUAGCCCAAACUCAUGGCCCGAUAAUGCUAUUAAAACUUGGUCAAAAAACCACUCUAGUGAUCACAUCCACGGCGGCGGCCAAAGAAGUACUCCAAAAGCAAGACCUUGCUUUCUCUAACAGGCAUAUUCCCGACGCCCUACACGCCCACAACUUCUCCGAGUACUCCCUCACUGUCCUUCCGAUCGGUACCCAGUGGCGGUUCCUCCGUAGGAUUGUCCAUACCAACAUCUUCUCCGACAAAUCCCUUGAGGCCAAGCAACAAAUAUGGGACCAAAAAGUUAAAGAACUCAUAGCAUUUUGCCAAAAAGCAUGCAUGUCCAAAGAUUAUGUGGACAUUGGAGGAGCUACAUUCACAACAUCAAUGAAUCUCAUAUCCAACACUCUUUUCUCUAAGGAUUUUAUAAACUCGUAUGAGGAGGAUUCAAGUAAAGAAUUUAGGGAUGUGGUUACCAACAUUUUAGUGGAUGUUGGGAAGCCAAACCUAGUGGACUUUUUUCCAGUGUUGAAAAAGAUCGAUCCACAAGGCAUUAGGAGGAGAAUGACUCGUCAUUUUGGGAAGAUUUUAGCAAUAUUUGAGGAGUUGAUUGAAGAUAGGUUGGCGAUGAGAAGAUCGGUGGAUGAUGAUGUAUUGGAAGUGUGUUUGAAAAUCAGCCAAGAUAGCCCGGAGGAAUUAAAUCGAUCACAAAUCAAGUUCUUGAUGUUAGAUAUGUUUGUUGGUGGCACCGAUACAACAUCAACCACGGUAGAAUGGGCAAUGACAGAACUACUACGCAACCCGGAUGUCAUGGCGAAAUCCAAAGAUGAGCUUAAACAUGUUAUCGGUAAAGGAAAAAACAUUAAAGAUCAUGAUCUCUCAAGGUUACCCUACUUAUUAUGCAUUGUGAACGAGACAUUGCGACUACACCCACCAGUUCCCUUAUUGAUUCCUCGAAAUGUUGAAAACCCAGUCAAACUUUGUGGAUACAUCAUCCCGAAGGACACACAAGUGCUUGUGAAUGCAUGGGCCAUAGGGCAAGAUCCAACCAUAUGGGAAGACUCGAAAGAGUUUAAGCCGGAAAGAUUUUUGACGCGUCAAAUUGAUGUUCGAGGUCAAGAUUUUGAACUAAUCCCAUUUGGUGCUGGACGAAGAAUAUGCCCUGGUUUUCCGCUUGCAUUACGUACCAUUCCUAUCAUCCUAGGUUCACUGGUCAAUAAUUUUGAUUGGAACCUUGAUGUGAAUCUUCAACCAAAAGUACUAGAUAUGACUGAAAGGUUUGGGAUUAGCUUACACAAAGCCAACCCUCUUUGUCUUAUACCAAUGCCAUUAAAUUAGGAUCCAUCCAUUUAUACCUUAUAUAAGGAGAUGGUGACCGAAAGUAUAACCUUGUAAAAGUGAAUAAUGAGGGUAGUAAGACUAUAAAUAAAAAACCACCAUUGUUAUUAAUAAUGCUUGAUGUUAUAUCAAGUCUAAUGUAAGCAUUGGAGGAGA